CAAGCACAGAAGUAACGCUUCCUUUAAGUGAGCGAGUACUUCCCUGCUCUUGACUGGACGUGGCCUAGUCGUCUGAACACCAACCAUCCAUGCAGCGCUGCCUUACUCUGACCCUUGCCCGGCACAGCAGGCUACUUUUGAGCAAUAAAUUAGCUUCUGUUCACUGCCGCCAGUCAGCAGCCAUGUCGAGUCUCCUCAUCAACCAGCCCAAAUACUCCUGGCUGAAGGAGCUGGGUUUAUCUGAGGACAACCUUGGUGUUUACAACGGAAGCUGGGGAGGCAGCGGGGAAGUAGUCACGUCCUACUGCCCCGCCAACAAUGAGCCAAUAGCGAGAGUUACCCAGGCAACUUUGGCAGAAUACGAAGAAACGGUCCAGAAGGCGAGGGAGGCCUGGAAGGUGUGGGCAGAUAUUCCAGCUCCAAAAAGAGGGGAGAUUGUGAGGCAGAUUGGGGAUGCAUUAAGAAAGAAAAUCAAAGUGCUUGGAAGUUUGGUUUCUCUAGAAAUGGGUAAGAUCUAUGUUGAAGGAGUGGGCGAAGUCCAGGAGUACGUUGAUGUCUGUGAUUAUGCAGUGGGUCUGUCAAGAAUGAUUGGUGGGCCUAUUCUUCCCUCUGAAAGACCCGGACAUGCUCUUCUGGAGCAGUGGAACCCAGUUGGUCUUGUCGGCAUCAUAACUGCCUUCAAUUUCCCUGUGGCUGUAUAUGGAUGGAACAACGCCAUCGCCCUGACCUGUGGCAACGUCUGCCUUUGGAAGGGUGCCCCAACCACCCCUCUCACUAGUGUUGCAGUCACCAAAAUUGUGGCAGAGGUGCUAGAACAAAACAAUCUGCCCGGGGCUAUCUGCUCCAUGACCUGCGGAGGCGCUGAUAUCGGCACCGCCAUGGCAAAGGAUGAACGUGUGGAUCUUCUGUCUUUCACUGGAAGCACCCAUGUUGGCAAGCUUGUAGCAAUGAUGGUGCAGGAAAGAUUCGGACGCAAGUUGCUGGAGCUCGGUGGAAACAAUGCUAUUAUCGUGUUUGAGGAUGCAGACCUCAACCUUGUGGUUCCUUCUGCCGUCUUUGCUUCGGUAGGAACUGCUGGGCAACGUUGCACCACAACUAGGAGGCUGAUGCUUCAUGAGAGUGUCCAUGACACAGUGGUUGAGAGGAUAGCUAAGGCCUACAAACAAGUUCGAAUUGGAGACCCUUGGGAUCCAAGUACUCUCUACGGCCCUCUGCACACCAAACAAGCUGUGGAACAGUAUCUGUCUGCAAUCGCACAGGCCAAGCAGCAGGGUGGUACUGUGGUUUGUGGGGGGAAGGUGAUGGAUCGCCCUGGAAAUUAUGUUGAGCCCACUAUCAUCACAGGAUUGCCUCAUGACGCACCCAUCGUCCACACCGAAACCUUUGUCCCAAUCCUCUACGUCCUCAAGUUCAAGACAGAAGAGGAGGCGUUUGCUUGGAACAACGAGGUCAAGCAGGGUCUGUCCAGCAGCAUCUUCACCAAAGAUAUGGGCAGAGUUUUCCGCUGGAUGGGGCCUAAAGGGUCUGACUGCGGCAUCGUGAAUGUCAAUAUUCCUACAAGCGGAGCUGAGAUCGGAGGAGCGUUUGGUGGCGAAAAGCACACUGGUGGCGGAAGAGAAUCGGGCAGCGAUUCCUGGAAGCAGUACAUGAGGCGCUCCACCUGUACAAUAAACUACAGCAAGGAUCUUCCCCUGGCUCAGGGCAUUAAGUUUGAGUGAAGCCUUCAAGUGCAUUUUAGCAACACUAAGUCUUUGUAGUUUACCUGAUGUUAACCUGUGCAAAAGAUUUGUCUUUGCAUUUAGUUAGGUCAGCGAGAAUUAAGCAAAACUUUCAAGUAGUAUUUAGUUACGAAUGUUGAUACUAAUCCUAAAUAUGAAACGAGUUUGAAUAAUAUUUUUGUUAAAGGUCAAAUGCUUUUCUCACAAAAAUGUUCAUGUGAGCUUCUCUUCAAGCACUUAAAGUUCUGCUUGGUAGCUGAGUGACUGUACCUGAUUCUUCAUACUGUUUAAAAUAAAUAAAUAAAUAAAAUGUACCUGUUUUGGAAGAAAAAUGU